AUGGAGGACGAGGAAAACCAAGUGCAACUCCUGAAUGAAAAGCAGGUGCCGAACUCUGAAAGUGGUUAUGUGUGGCAUGUCACCGAUAUGAAUCGACUGCAACGUUUCUUGUGUUUUGGUUCAGAAGGUGGUACUUAUUACAUCAAGGACCAGAAGCUGGGCUUUGAAAAUGCAGAAGCUUUAAUAAGACUGAUUGAAGAGGGUAGAGGUUGUGAAGUUGUUCAAGAAAUAAAGACAUUUAGUCAAGAAGGCAGAGCAGCAAAACAGGAGCCCUUGCUUUUUGCUCUUGCAAUUUGCUCACAGUGUUCUGAUGCAAAAACAAAACAAGCAGCAUUUAAAGCUGUUCCUGAGGUGUGUUGCAUACCAACUCAUCUCUUUACUUUCAUCCAAUUUAAAAAAGAUCUGAAGGAGGGCAUGAAAUGUGGCAUGUGGGGCCGUGCACUGAGGAAAGCUGUUGCAGAUUGGUACAAUGGAAAGAAUGGCAUGGCUGUUGCUUUAGCAGUUACAAAAUAUAAACAAAGAAGUGGUUGGUCUCAUAAAGAUCUUCUGAGGUUGUCCCACCUAAAACCUGCCAGUGAAGGAAUUGCUAUAGUCACUAAGUAUAUUACCAAAGGGUGGAAAGAUGUCCAAGAGGCUUAUAAAGACAAAGCAGUUUCUGCUGAGACUGAAAAACUCUUAAAGUAUCUGGAGGCUGUGGAGAAAGUAAAGCGCACAAAAGAUGAAUUGGAAGUUACUCAUUUAAUAGAGGAAUAUGGUCUAGUUAGAGAGCAUCUCCUGACAAACCAUCUGAAAUCUAAAGAGGUUUGGAAGGCAUUGCUGAAGGAGAUGUCCAUUACUGUAUUGUUGAGAAAUUUAGGAAAACUGACAGCAAAUUCAGUGCUUGAACCACGAGGUUCAGAAGUGGCAAUAGUAUGUGAAAGACUGAGAAAUGAGAAACUGCUAAAAAAGGGUAGAAUACAUCCAUUCCAUAUUUUGGUUGCGUUAGAAACCUAUAAAGCUGGACAUGGAAGCAGAGGGAAGCUUUGGUGGCGUCCUGAUGAAGACAUUUUAGAAGCUUUAGAUGCCUCGUUUUACAAAACUUUCAAGACAGUUGAACCAACAGGAAAACGCUUCUUACUUGCAGUUGAUGUCAGUGCAUCAAUGACACAAAAAGUUUUGGGCAGCGUGCUCAAUGCUAGCACAGUUGCAGCAGCAAUGUGUAUGGUUGUAGCACGUACUGAGAAGGAUUCCCAUAUUGUUGCCUUUUCACAUGAAAUGGUCCCUUGCCCAGUGACGGCUGAUAUGACGUUACCUCAAGUAUUAGUGAAAAUGUAUGAAAUUCCAAUGGGUACCACUGAUUGUUCCCUUCCAAUGAUAUGGGCUCAAAAAACUCAGACAGCUGCUGAUGUCUUCAUUGUAUUUACCGAUAACGAGACCUUUGCGGGAAAUACUCAUCCUGCAACAGCUCUUAGAGAGUACAGAGAGAAAAUGGGUAUUCCUGCUAAAUUGAUUGUUUGUGGAAUGACCUCAAAUGGUUUUACGAUCGCAGAUCCAGAUGACAGAGGCAUGUUGGAUAUAUGUGGCUUUGAUACAGGAGCUUUGGAUGUUAUUCGAAACUUCGCUUUGGAUUUGAUUUAAUUUUCUAGGCAUCUGCUCUUCCCAGUGGAUCCAUUGCUGGCAACAGACUUCACCCUGGGAACUCCCAGCCAAAUAUACUUUAUUAGAAUAUGGCACAUUAUAUACAUAUCAGAAUGUUACCUUUUUGUGAAGGGAAAACAAGAAAAGCAGAUGAGAAAUCUCUUUUCUUUUUUCCUGUUGCACACAAUUUAAAAUAACAGUGGGAAGUUUGCUAAAAGUAGCUACAGGGCUAUACAAUACAUAAUUUCAUUUAUAAUAUAUUAUAAAUACUG